ACUGAUCAAUGGUGAUUUUCUCCUUCAAGAAUUAAAGCGUCUCGGUCUAUAAUCAUUUCAUCGUUCGUGGCUCUGUGUUCAUAGAAGUGGAAAAGAGCGAUAGAGCGAGACAAAAAGUACGUACAUGACAGUGGGUGAAGAGAGACGAUAGAUAAGGAAAGGGAGAAGGGAGAUGGAUGGUUUGGUUACAUGCGACGGUCGGUGCACAACAAAUGGUCGACAUGUUUCAUCAACGAUGCAGUCAUCAUAUCACUUUAACAAACAACAAUUGCACAGCCAUACGAGAUCAUUCCGACUACAAUAACGGAUUGGUUUUCAGUGCGGAGCCGCUCAAGGAUGACGAGCUCUUCGAAGUUCGCAUCGACAAGAAGAUGAUAUCAUGGAGCGGUAGCAUACAGAUCGGAAUAACAGAGUGUGAUCCAGAGAUUAUAGAACUGCCAGCCUGUGCCACCAACCUCUGCCAAGGAACAUGGAUUAUGUCCACCUCUGAUAUAGUUCAUGAUGGAGUAAGAAUAGUUGAAAAGUAUGGAACAAACUUGGACUCUUUGGAAGAAGAAAGUACUUUGGGUGUAUUGAGGACAUCCAAUCAUGAGCUAAUAUUCUAUAUCAAUGGAGUUUCCCAAGGUGUGGCAGUAUCCAAUAUACCGGAACGGAUUUUUGCAGUUGUAGAUAUUUAUGGUGCUUGUGUGCAAGUAUCCAUAACUCAUUCACAGAUUGCCUCCAUCUCGUGUAACAAGCCAAAGGAUGAAGUUGAAAUUAAUAAUGACUAUGCUCUUGGGGAAACAUCUAAUUCCUCCACAACUAAUCUAGUCGCUAAUUUGAAUGUUAAUUUAAACGUAAAUGUUAAUGUUAAUUUACCUAAGAAUCCAAGUCUCGCUGCUAUUAGAGAAGAUAGACUGAGGUUUCACGAGAGAGUUGGCACGCUGGUCAAAUUGUCCAACAAUGCCAGAACUGCCGAAAGGAUGAGACCUUUAGAUGAAUUUAAUAAUGGAGUGGUAAUGACUCACAGGCCAUUAAGGGACAAUGAAUUGUUCGAGGUAAGAAUUGAUCGACUCGUGCACAAAUGGUCUGGCAGUAUAGAAGUUGGAGUCACCAUGCAUAGUCCCACGGCGCUGGAGUUCCCAGCAACGAUGACUAACAUGCGAUCGGGAACAACGAUGAUGUCUGGCUGUGGGAUUUUGGUAAAUGGAAAGGGCACGUGUCGCGAAUAUGGAGAGUUUAAUCUCGACGAGUUGAGGGAAGGAGACAGGGUGGGCAUGGUAAGGCGAAGCAACGGAAAUCUCCAUUAUUUGAUAAAUGGUUUGGACCAAGGCAUUGCUGCUAAAAUACCUACGGGCAUAUGGGGUGUCAUUGAUCUCUAUGGUAUGACAGUGAAAGUAACAAUUGUGGAUCAGGAUGAAAGAGAAGAACAAAAUUUAGUUACCAGAAGAAAUACGUUGCAACUGCAAGGUCUAAAUGAAACAGAAGAGGAACCACCGGAUAGACUGAUGUUCCAUUCCUGCUGUGGUACGCAUGUUGAAGUGAUUAAUAAUGGACGCACGGCGCACAGGCCUAAUGUGAUGGAUGAUUUCAACAAUGGUGUUGUGUUAACUUCAAGGCCGUUGAAGUCAAACGAGUUGUUCGAGGUGAGAUUGGAUAAAAUAGUAACAAAGUGGGCAGGAUCCAUUGAGAUAGGGGUUACGACUCACUCCCCCACCGAGUUGGAGUUCCCUUUCACAAUGACAAAUGUUAGAUCCGGCACGUGGAUGAUGACAGAAAAUGGAGUAAUGCACAAUGGCACUGCCAUAAUAGAUCAGUACGGUCAGAACUUGGACCGACUGCAAGUAGGAGAUCGCGUAGGUGUGAUGAGAAAGGAUAACGCGACGCUACAUUUUUAUGUAAACGGCGCUGACCAAGGAGCUGCCGCAAUGAACGUACCUGAAAGGAUCUAUGGUGUCAUAGAUCUUUACGGGCAGGCUGCACAGGCAACCAUAGUCGACAAUACAGACUUCUAUAGCCCCACCACGAAUAAUUCAAGCUUCAGCAAUACAACUUUAUAUAGUGACUUAAGGUUUCAUCAUAUACAUGGUAAGAAUGCGAAGAUAAUAAACAAUGGAUUGACAGCAUUGAGGCCUAGAGCUUUAGGCGAAUUCAAUGAAGCCAUUGUGGUAGCGAAUCGUGCACUGAGAGAUGGUGAGAUGUUUGAGGUGACAAUUGACAAAAUGGUUGAUCGUUGGACAGGCGCUAUCGAAGCAGGCGUGACAGUCAUAAGGCCUGAUGAACUGGAGUUUCCAUCCACGAUGACUGAUAUCGACCAUGACACUUGGAUGCUGUCUGGUUCUACCGUUAUGCGAGACGGCGUGACCCUGAGACAUCAUUACGCCUGCGAUUUAGACAAGUUGGCAGAGGGUAAUCGUAUUGGUAUGAUGCGGUGUCCAGACAGCAGUUUGCAUUAUUAUUUAGAUGGAGUGGAUCAGGGACCUGCUUGUACGGGUCUACCACAACACGUCUACCCUGUGAUCGACUUGUAUGGUCAGUGUGUUCAGGUGACAAUCGUGUUACCAGAGCGUAGGGACCCCAUGACACAGCAGUAUUUGCCAUCGGAGAACAGUACUAGUCAACAGCCUACAUCCGUGAUACAACUCCAAGCUCAGGCAGAAAUCAUGCACAAGUUUCACGAGUCUGUUGGCUCGAACGUUCAGCUGAAUAGCGAUAGAACAGUAGCGACUAGAUGUAGGGAGUACAAUAACGCCGUAUUGUUAAGCGAGGUACCGUUAGAGAAUAAUGAGAUAUUCGAAAUUGCCAUUAAAGAAGUUGCACGCGUAUGGAGCGGUUGCCUGAGGAUAGGCGUUACAAGUAACGAAAACGGGAAUUGGUUAACUUCUACGAACCCUGUACCCGGAAUGGGAUGCAUUCCAAUUGAUGCUUGGUACUUGACAGGUAACGAAGUUAGACACAAUGGAUACGUUCUGUGUAUGAAUUACUGCCCAAGCUUGGAAUGGCUACGCGUGGGUGAUAAAAUUGGAAUGAAACGCACGCAUGAGAGUAAUUUAAAGUUUUACAUAAAUGGCGAGGACAUGGGUAUAGCAGCGUCAAACAUACCAGAGAUGGUGUACGCCAUAGUCGAACUUUUCGGCAGUACCGUGGCUGUGAAUAUUACCAGUACUAAACAACAGAAUAGUGUAAUAUCGCCAAACGCUAGUCUGAGGCUGCAGGAUUCUUUGGAAUUGUUACUCGACCCUAUGCCGCCUGUUUUGCGAAACGACGCUGGAAUGGAUACAUCUGUGGACGUAUCCGAAGGGAAAUUUGUGAAUGAUGUAACACUCACGCCAACGCAACCAGUCGCCCAUUUGACAGGAGAAAGCGAUUGGAACUAUGAGUUCCACGAAAACCAUGGAAGAAAUAUACAACUUGAGUCUAAAACUAUUGCGAGAAGGGUUGCGAGUUAUAAUCAGGGAGUGGUAAUGUCUAGUCGCCCUCUAAUAAAGGGCAAGCCAUUUUUAGUGAAAAUAGAAAAAAUAAACGAACGAUGGGUUUCUAACGUUCUUUGCGGUGUGACUUGCAUCUCACCAGAGAAGGCUAAUUUCCCUUUGACCGCUCUUGGUUUCAAGAAGCACUCGUGGAUUAUUUGUAGCGAUUGGAUAUCACACAACGGUAUCAGGGUAAAAACGAAAUACGGAGCUGCUUUAGAAGGCCUUCAAUCUAAUUCUGUGGUAGGUUUGUUCGUCGACGAAGACAACAGAUUACGCUUAAUUAUUAAUGGUGUAGAUCAAGGAGUAGUUGCAACGGACUUGCCGCCCUAUGUGUAUGCUGUGUUUGACUUGUACGGCCAGUGUGAACAGAUUUCUGUCGUUGGAAACAAUGCCGAGACAUUCUCAUCCGCCCCUAUCGACAAUACCGCGACUAAAGCGUCGAUAGAAUGUAUUAGAACGAAGAUGGAGGACGCAGAAAACUCGAGGGAAAAGGCUGAUCUAGAAUGUCACGAGAAAGAGAACAUAAUCGUUGCUACGUCUUCGGAUUUGUCCGCGUCUACGUCGCCGAGUGCGCCCAGCCAGUGCGGUUCGAACGGUAAGGACGAUCAUAUUGUGGAAUAUUCGGCGUGCAACAACGACAACGCGCAUUUAUCCAAUAACAUAGAAAACAAAGCAGCUCCUAGUGUGUCAGACAGCAACAAUUUGGAGCAAAGUUCAGACAUGAGCAACGAAACACGAAGUAUCAAGAACAGGAGCUACGACAUCUCGAACCAGCUGAACAACAGCGCGAUAUCGAACAGUCAGUCCGAGAACUCGAUUAAUAGGAACGAAUGUACAAAUGUAGAGAUAAAUAACGCGACUAAUAUUAAUAUUAAAAACGGCACAGCGAACAGCACCACCAACAUAACUAGCCUGAAUAGUAAUAACGCGAUAAACGAAAGCAUAGCGUCCAAUAGUCAAGGGAAUAAUUUAAGUGGCACACAUCAGAAUCACGGGUCGACCAAUAUGUUGAGUUCGUCACAGACGUUCUCUUCCCAAAACACAUUAAGCAACGUGACAUCCGACAUUUCCAACACGGUUUCCUCUAAUUUCAACGAUGUGCGUUCGAACAUGUCCUGGAACAAUAGCGUGUCUGUUGACAACAAUUCUGUUGGUGGGAACACGACACUAUCUGGACAAAACACAGCUCCGAAUUACAACGCACCUUCGUUGCAGCUGCAGCAAAUUCCAUCGGUACCGUCCACACCUCCCAGAACAAACAUUGUAUCCUCGAAAAAGUGCGAGUACUUGAAGGCGUGCAUGAGAUUAAAGAAGUCGCUAGUCCUGCCAGAUGAGUUUUUCUCUCUAGACGACGUAUUGUGCUAUUGUAACGACUGUUACAAAGUGGAAGAGGAUAGUGCAAUCUGCAAGAAAGGCGAACCACCGGCGGAGUUCGCUGUACCAAUUGGUUGGACUAGGUUCCCGUUGAAGCAAAGCAUCAACGCCAACCAGAUUCCACAGAGUACGACGGAUAAGUGGCACGUUGCUUUCUAUGGUAUACGUCUGGAUGCGAUCAGAUUAAUACUUGAUACAGGAGAGCUCAUGACGAAGGAGCAGUUAGACGUAAGCAACCUAACAAUGAAUAUAAAAACAGAAGACCAGAAUCCUCAAGUCGUCUUCUCACCCAGUAUAAAGUAUGCUGCAUCCGAGGAAUUCUCUAGAAAGUAUCCGUAUAUCGAUACCCAGUCGAAUAAAAAGCUGAAUGCAUCUACUGCAUUCCAGCUGCUGGUAAGACCGGGUUCGUACACGAUCAGUCCUGGUGGCAAGGAUGGCGACGAUUCCCAGUUCGAUUCUAGCAAAUGGGCAACCAAAGAAGCAGGGGCCACGGUUAUCGUGGCCCUUUUAGUUCACCUCGACGGAUUUUAAUUUAAUACGCCAUGAAAAUGCGAGACACGUUCCACGUUGCAAUCAGAUGCAGGAUGCGCGUUUUCGUUUCGAGGAUAAAACGAAUGUACAUAAAGAUUAUAUAACGUAAUAUAAUUACCGUAAGAAUUUUUAAAAUCGAUUUUUUAUCUUGAAUUAUUCCGUCAAAUCUUCGCUGAAUGUAUAUUUACGUUGGAUUAUACGUUAGGUAUUUGAAUAUAAACAAUUGUAAUUCAGCAAUAUCGAUUAAAAAAUUGGUGUAAUCAAUAGACCGCCGAUUGAAACGUUUGCAAUAAUUGAUUCGUUGAAGUAUGCAGUAGCACGUAUAUUAAAUGCAUAGUGAAUGUAUUAUGUUAUACAGACAAUGUAGCUACUGGCCUAGGUUCGCGGUGACGAGAAUUAUGUCGGAGAGGCUCGUCAUCGUAUCAAAAACGCAUCUUAAUCGUCAAGAUUUACGCCUAACGAAUACCAAAUCUUUAAGUAUUAGUCACAGAAAAAAGAUGGAAGUUUCUCUUCAUAACCUCUUUUUUGAUCUUAUGUUCGGAGCACCAUUUUUACAACGUCGACACAGACUUGUUAUAUGUAUAAUGUAGGGAUAAAUUGUUGCAACUGUAAAUCACAACAUGAGGCUAUCAUAGAGAGUUCUCAUGAAUAAAAUUACCACGACUCGGAUACUUUCAGGAAAAUGUAAUAACUAUAUUUUCAAAUACGCUAUUUAGAGACGCAGUUUUUCGUUGUGAAUAUCAUGUGCACUAUUUAUAAAUGCAUACAAAUAAUAUAAAUGGAAAAAAGGACAAAGCGUCAACUUGUUUGUAUUUUACAACCAAUUAUACCAAUUGUUCGUCAGUUUCAUUUUGUAUUUUUUUUUUCUUUUUUUUCAUAUCGUUUACUUUCCGAUUAAAUAAAAAAAAAAAGUCAGUUAUUUUCGAGAACCAAGCUCCAGUAGUUGUCUUUUAAGUUUCCCUAGAAUAUCAAAGAAAGCGGUUCCUUUAUCUUUUAAUAUAAACCUCAAGAAACAUUACAGGUGUUUAUACAUAUAAAUUAAACAUGCGAGUAAUUAAUCAACUUAAUACGCGUAAUAGAUAGUUUCCUUGUAGAUAUUUAAUUUUCCUUUUGUGAAAAAACUUGACUUUAGAGGAUGGCGAAACGCAAACGAACAAACGUAUCAACAAGAAGAAAAUAGGAUUUCUUUUUUAUUCCAUCACCUUCUUCAAGAUUCUGCAACGUUACUGAUCAAGUUAUUCGAAGUUUCUACACCCAAAUUCGCACAUGCUGGUCCCAGGAACAGCUAGCAACCGCCAUACCGUUUGCAGCAACGCUGAGCGACGUGACACGGUUCUC